GUGGCUUUCAACUGAGGUGGGUCCCACUUUCCCACGUCCGUCCCCGUCCUCUCUUCCUUUUCACCUUCUUCGCUCUCGCUCCUUCUUCAAUUGUCCAGUCAUCUCUCUCCCCUUUCCUUCCGUUCCAUUCCCAUCCACGCCUAAAACGAGCCCUUCUUCUUCUUCCAUCGUUCUCUCUUUCGGUCACCUAACCCUAAUCGAAAUUCAAUUCGAAUCAAACCCACAUUUCUGAUUCAUUGCUCGCUGUAUCUCUCUCUGUCUCACUGCAUUGUUGAAAUCUUUGCUCGAUCAGAUCCACCCCACUAGUCUUGCUGUGGUUACCGUUGUUGGGUGGUUCCUUUACUUCCUCUAUUUGUUGUUCUCUCAGCCGGAAACCCAAUUGAAAGGAGAAAGGAGGAAUACGCGACGUGGUCGUUCCCGGCCAGGGGAGAAUUGGCACUCAAGCAAAAUACUGGACCAUCACUAGGGAAGAUCUGGGUUAUAAUAUGCUUCCAUAGGGUGUAGGAUUCUGUGAAGCUUGGUAGAAGAUGGCAUUUUACUCAGAGGAGGAUAACGCAGAUGAUUACCUGUUCAAGAUAGUAUUGAUUGGUGAUUCCGCUGUUGGGAAGUCGAAUUUGCUGGCCAGGUUUGCAAGAGACGAGUUCUAUCCUAAUUCGAAAUCUACCAUAGGGGUCGAAUUCCAAACUCAGAAGAUGGAUUUCGAUGGUAAAGAAGUUAAAGCACAGAUCUGGGACACUGCUGGUCAGGAGCGGUUUAGAGCUGUUACAUCUGCUUAUUACAGAGGUGCAGUUGGAGCACUUGUGGUGUAUGAUAUCAGUCGACGCCAAACUUUCGAGAGCAUUGGCAGAUGGCUCAAUGAACUUCACACUCACUCCGACAUGAAUGUAGUAACAAUACUUGUGGGCAACAAAUCGGACCUCAAGGAAGCUAGAGAAGUGACCACAGCAGAGGGGAAGGCUUUAGCAGAGGCACAAGGUCUGUUCUUCAUGGAAACUUCUGCUCUCGACUCCUCCAAUGUGACAGCUGCUUUCGAGACGGUCGUGAAGGAGAUCUACAAUAUAUUGAGCCGGAAAGUCAUAUCUCAGGAGCUCAAGAAACAGGAUGCCCCCGAGAUGGGGGAUGGGAAGACAGUGGUUCUACAGAGAGAUGGUGAACAAGGCGGUGAAAAUGCUGACGGUGAGGCACCUAAACAAGGUGCCGGCGGGUGUUGUUGAUCAAUUCAGGUUUAGGGAAGGAUUAAGGAAGUCUCUUUUGUUUGUGAUUAGAUGUUUAACAUUCAAAUGAGUUAUCUGUGUUGCCCCCCGCCCAAAACCCUAGAAGCCACUUAUGAAGAAAGUAGGGUUCUUCUUCUUGUUCUCCAUCGCAGUUGAUUUGGAGAUAUCAGUGUUGUUCAUAGGAGUGGGCAAAAUGUAAAUGAGAUUAUUAUCUGAAGAACGGGUUCACAAAUGAUUAUGAGACUCCUUUAAUGUUCUGUAGUGCUCUGUUGCCCUUCUCUACUUAAAUUAUGCAUAAAUUAGUUUAUCUCGCUUGAUUUUCUAAUCGUAGUAAGGUCU